AUGCCUAAGAACCCGAAAUUCGAAUACGAUGCGAAGCAGCCUGCAUUUCUCCAAAAGCUUCGGGGCCAAUAUGGAGAUAACACCGGUCGCUUAGAGCGACCGGCUCUACGACCAACCAGACUCAAAGUCAAUAAGGAUGAUGGCGAUGAUGAGCCUACCUAUGUUGACGAAGAAAGCAAUGAGGUGAUCUCCAAAGAGCAAUACGAGGCACUUGUCAGUGAGAGCGCUCUAAAACAAGAGGACGAGAACGGUUCCUCAACAAAGGAGAAACCCACUGGCGAUGAGAACAAGUCUCCUGAAGAACUUGCCCCCACCAAGCAAAGCAAUCUUACUGAGGUUGGAGGCCAGAGGAAACGCAAACAGGCUAAGGUGGUAGGGGAGGAUAAAGCAGAAGCCGAAGAGGCUCAGCCCAAGGUGGCGAAGAAAUCAAAGAAGCCAAAGAAGAUCAAGCUCUCCUUUGACGAAGAAUGA